CUUAUCGAUAUCCGACGAUUUUGACUAAAAAUAUACAGUCGCAUUAAAUACAGUGAAACAAAGUGACAUACUGGAGUGUUUUUAUUGAAAUCUAUUUUAUUUAUCUUGUUCUUCUAGUGGUUUUUGGGUUGAGUGCAAGCAUUCCGGAAUAUUGUUAAAGAUUUAACCUACGUACCGACAGAUAAUAGCUGAAUCAUCAUCACUAGAGAAGUAAGAACCAACUUCAAAAGAUCAUGAGAUGGCGCUUGAUGUGCGAAUACUGACAGCAACCUUGCUGAUACUCACCACUGCCACAACCGCACAACAAGAUCGAUGUGGCUACAUGGUGUUAAUACCCAGACCAACGAGGCCUGACUUCCCACCACAAAAUUUCGACGGUUUGACAUGGGCUCAGUGGCCACUGUUACCAGCGGAGGAUCGAGAAGACGUCUGCAUCAAUGACUAUACACCUGAUCCCUUUAGCACCAACCAUGGUUAUCAGAAAAUUUACAUGGAGGAGGAGAUCGUAGAUCACGUGGCCAUUGCAAAGCUUAAUUACCGAGGUGACGGCAGACCUACAAUACAAACACCUUUUAUUAUGGGAGCAGCCCACAUGCUUGGAGCAGAAAUUCGUAGAUACCCUGACGAAAAUGGAGACUGGCAUCUUGUCAUCACUCAGAGGCAGGAUUAUGAAACACCUGGUAUGCAAGGAUAUAUAUUCAACGUGGGAGUGGAGGGCGAGUCGCUGGUUGUGAUGGUAACCCUAGACAUUGUGAACAUCGACGACAAUACUCCAAUCAUUGAGAUGCUAGAGCCUUGCAGCAUACCGGAACUUGGUGAACCCGGUAUUACAGAAUGUAAAUAUGUCGUGAAUGACGCAGAUGGUGAGAUCAGUACAAGUGUUAUGAUAUUUGAAAUAGACAGCGAGAGAGGAGACGAACUAGUAUUCGAACUGACCAGAGAAAACAUUCCGGGCGAUUGGUUCUCGGUGAAUAUGAUCCUUGAAUUGAAACAGCCUCUUAAUUACGCUGAGAAUCCUCUACACAUAUUCAGAGUUACAGCUUUGGACUCGUUGCCAAACCCACGUACAGUCGUCAUGAUGGUUGAAGUAGAGAAUGUGGAACACAGAAACCCUCAAUGGAUAACGAUCUUUGCUGUGCAACAAUUUGAUGAGAAACUGGAGAGAUCGUUCCCAGUUAGAGCUAUAGAUGGCGACACGGGAAUCAAUAAACCUAUAUUUUAUCGUAUAGAAACUGAAGAAAGAGACAAAGAAUUCUUCAGCAUUGAGACUUUAGGAGAAGGCAGAGACGGUGCCAUGUUCCACGUGGCAGCUAUAGACAGGGACACACUAAAAAGGGAUAUGUUUAAUGUAACAAUAAUUGCGUAUAAGUAUGGUGAUAUACCUGUAUCCAGUAGUGAACAAGGACAGGCAGUUCAUGAUGACGAAGGUGAUAGUGACGAAGGUGAUAGUGACGAAGGUGGUCCACAGAUAUUUGAGACCCCAACAAAUGUGAUGAUCAUAAUUAACGAUAUAAAUGAUCAGAGGCCAGAACCCUUCCGGAAGGAAUACACGAUCUCCAUAAUGGAAGAGACUGCGAUGACGUUACCUUUGACAAACUUCGGUUUUCAUGACCGUGAUAUUGGUCCCCACGCACAGUACAAAGUUCACUUAGAGAGUAUACAUCCAGAGGGGAUUCAUAACGCCUUCUACAUCGCCCCUGAAGAAGGUUACCAGGAGCAAGAGUUCAUCAUUGGUACAGUUGACCACCAUAUGUUGGAUUAUGAUCGAGGCUAUGACCCCACGAAAGGAAUAAAGCUCAAGGCAAUAGCAAUUGACAAGGAUAAUAACGAUCACAUUGGAGAAGCAAUUAUAAACAUUAACCUUAUCAAUUGGAAUGAUGAACUGCCUGGGUUCGACAGAGAUAGCUACGACGCAAAAUUUAAGGAGACGGUCGAAGCUGGCUUUCGCAUUGGUACAUACCAGGCUACAGACGACGACAUCGAUGACAUUGUUGAGCACACGAUAUUGGGCAACGCUGCCAACUUCCUGAGGAUUGACCUAAUUACUGGAGACGUCUACGUGACAGUAAACAAUACCUUUGAUUACCACAGACAGAACGAAAUCUUUGUUCAGAUUCAAGCUGUGGAUACACUAGGUUUGCCACAAAACAGGGCUACAACACAGCUAGUCAUACAUUUAGAAGACGUCAACAACACGCCACCUACCCUGCGACUGCCACGUAUCAGUCCAAGUGUAGAAGAGAACGUUAAAGACGGAUUCCCGAUAACCGAAGGGCUGACGGCGACGGAUCCUGACACCACGGCCGAUCUACACUUCGAGAUCGAUUGGAAUGCCUCAUACGCUACGAAGCAAGGCAGGAAUGCACCCCCCACUUCAGAAUACCACGGAUGUGUAGAAAUUCUGACCGUAUACCCAGAUCCUAACAAUCGCGGGCUAGCUGAGGGACACUUGGUGGCACGUGAGAUCAGAGAGGGCGUGACCAUCGAUUACGAGGAGUUUGAGGUGCUGUACCUCGUUGUGAGGGUGAUAGACCGCAACACCGCCAUUGGCGAUGAUUAUGACGAAGCAAUGAUGACGGUGACAAUAAUCGAUAUGAACGACAACAGGCCGUUAUGGGUGAAUGGCACACUGACACAACCACUGCGCGUGCGUGAGAUGGCCGACGAAGGUGUCAUCAUCGGUACCCUGCAGGCCACAGACAUCGAUGGCCCUCUCUACAACCGAGUCCGUUACACCAUGAUUCCCAUCAAUGACACUCCUGAGGAACUGGUAAAGAUCGACUUCGUCACCGGUCAGCUGACUGUGAACAAGGGGCAAGCAAUUGACGCAGAUAUUCCGCCUCGCUUCCGUCUGUAUUACAAGGUUACAGCCAGCGACGAGUGCUCCCUUGACGAGUUUUUUACAGAAUGCCCACCUGAUCCCAUCUUCUGGAAUACCGAUGGAGAGAUAGCGAUCGAGAUAACCGAUACGAACAACAAAGUACCACACGCGGAAACAGAUCAGUUCCUUCAAGAAGUGCCACUUUACGAAAAUGCAAGUAAUGGUACCGAGAUCGUGACGAUCAUAGCAAGUGACUUGGACAGAGAUUACCCAAAUAACAAGCUGACGUACAGAAUCAACUACGCAUUCAACAAUAGACUGGAGAACUUCUUCGCAGUGGAUCCUAACACUGGCGUUCUGAGAGUACACUUCACUACUGACGAAGUGUUGGACAGGGAUGGAGAUGAACCGGAGCAUAGGAUCAUCUUCACCAUCGUCGAUAACUUGGAAGGCGCUGGAGAUGGCAAUCAGAACACCAUCUCCACGGAGGUGCUUGUUAUACUGCUUGAUAUAAACGAUAAUGCGCCGGAACUGCCAGCUUCCGUUGGCGAAUUCUGGACCGUUUCCGAAGGUGUGGUCGAGGGACACCACAUUCAACCAGAGAUUCAUGCACACGACAGAGAUGAACCAUUCAGUGACAACUCUCGCGUCGGAUAUGAAAUUCUAUCAGUCAAAUUGAUCAAUAGAGAGAUUGAGCUUCCUCAAGAUCCAUUCCAAAUAAUAACGAUUCAAAGAAAUCCCGAAAUCUGGAGAUUCGUAGGAGAGUUGGUGACUACCAUGGACCUUAGAGGAUACUGGGGCACCUAUGAAGUCGAAAUACGUGCGUUUGACCACGGUGAUCCGAUACUGGAUUCAACCGAGACCUAUGAACUAACCGUCAGGCCAUACAACUUCCAUUCACCAGUGUUUGUGUUCCCAACUCCUGGCUCAACCAUCAGGCUUUCCAGGGAGCGUGCCAUAGUCAAUGGUAUGCUGGCUCUAGCUAAUAUCGCGAGUGGAGAUUUCCUAGACCGACUCUCCGCUACUGAUGAAGACGGGUUAGAAGCAGGCAGAGUGACUUUCUCUAUAGUUGGAAACGAUGAAGCUGAGGAGUAUUUUAAUGUGUUGAACGAUGGUGACAAUUCAGCAAUGCUCACACUGAAACAAGCUUUGCCCGAUGGUGUCCAACAGUUUGAGUUGGUUAUUCGUGCCACGGAUGGUGGGACGGAGCCAGCACCCAGGACCACCGACUGCCCCGUCACUGUGCUGUUUGUGUUGACGCAGGGAGAGCCUACGUUCUCCGAAAACUCGGCUACUGUCCGCUUCGUUGAAAAGGAAGCUGGUAUGUUGGAGAGUUUCGAGCUGCCUCAGGCCGAGGACCCCAAGAACGACAGGUGUACGGAAGACUGCCAUACCGUCUACUACACCAUCAUUGACGGCAACAACGGAGACUACUUCGCUGUGGAACCAGAGACUAACGUGAUCUAUUUGGCGAAGGAGCUGGACCGCAGCGAACGGGAGCAGCAUACUAUAGUGAUAGCGGCUGCCAAUACGAUUGGCGUUACCACAGCCAUGCCGUCCUCACAGCUCACCGUCACCAUCGACAAAUUUGCGCGGAAUUUGUGGCUUGGCGUUGAGGGCAGGUUCAUGUGUUUUUGCUCUGGCGUUCAAAAGGAUAAGGUCGAUUCCAAGGUCCGAGAUGCGAACCCUAGACCUAUCUUCAGCAGAGAACUCUACACUGCUGGCAUCUUACACACAGAUAACGUACACAGGGAUCUCAUUUACCUUACGGCAACACACACAGAUGGACUCCCUAUCACCUACUCGAUAGACCUAGAAACCAUGCAAGUAGACGAGUCGUUACAAAUUGUUAUGGAGGACGCCUUCAACAUUAACUCUGAGACCGGGGUUAUCUCGCUGAACUUCCAGCCAACAUCGGCUAUGCACGGCCACUUCGAUUUCGAAGUGGUGGCUAGUGAUGCAAAUGAAGUGAGUGAUCGAGCAAAAGUGAUAAUCUACAUGAUAUCGACACGUGUUAGAGUAGCCUUCCUGUUCGAAAAUACGGAAGCUGAAGUCAACGCGAGAAGAGAUUUCAUCGCGCAAACAUUCUCGGACGUGUUCGAUAUGACGUGUAACAUAGACAGCGUGCUGCCCGCUACCGACGCCAACGGCGUGGUGCGGCCAGGGUACACAGAACUCCAGGCGCACUUCAUUCAAAACGACAUGCCGGUGCCCGCCGACUUUAUUGAAGAGUUGUUUUCGGAUGUCUAUACACUACGUGACAUCAGAGCCGCGUUGAGUAAUCAGAGUUUGACGCUAGUAGACGUACCAGGGGGGGUGACGGUGCUGCCCGGCGGAGAGUACGCCUUGGCAGUUUAUAUCCUCGCCGGUAUCGCAGCAUUCCUCGCCGUCGUCUGCCUCGCUCUCGUCAUCGCUUUCUUCAUCAGGAACCGAACGUUGAACCGCCGUAUCGAAGCUCUCUCCACCAAGUAUGAUACUAUGGACACUGAGCCGACCCACACCACAGUUGAAGGGCUAGGCCUCAACAAAUACGCUACCGCUCCCAACCCCUUCAGCAUCGAACCGAAUAUCAAAGCACCUAACUUCGACACUAUUAGUGAAGCAUCCGAUGACCUGAUCGGAAUCGAAGACAUGGAACAGUUCGGAGACGAUUACUUCCCGCCCGAAAACGAGAUUGCAAAUCCGGCUUUUGCACGUAACCCCAUAGCGACCCAUGGAAACACCUUUGGCUUGAACUCAACCCCCUUCAACCCCGAGCGUCCUCGCAAGCGUCGAGCGGUCAGUGGCGGGGAAGCGGGGGAAGAGGAAAUAUUGUGGUGGCGCGUUGCCACUAGAGUAGCGCGCGUGCGUUCGACACAAACCAAAAUCGAAUUGCCGCGUUACAUCCUCCCCCUCUGA